UCCCUCGUCCACAUCCUUUACAUGGUUGGGGAAUUAUUACACCCUUUCGAAUUUUGAAUGCAUGGGAAGCGCAAUAUUCCCCCUUUGCUGGGUUUUUACAUAAAUUGGUGUCUCCAACUAAUAACCAAUUACAAG